AUGUCAAGGCGUCCGACUGCGUAUUGGGGUCCAGCAUCUAUGGUGCGCGGAAAUCACUUCCGCGUGAAGGUUGGCCCACCAUCCCUGGCUCAGAACAUUAGGAAAGUUGUGGAAGAUGAGAAACGCGCUGUAGGGCGCGUUAGUCAUGACGUCUGGGAGCUCUAUGUGAAGUCGUUUGGCGCCCAUGGGUACUGGGCAUGGUUGUUAUUCAUUCUCGUGUUGGUUGCUCUCUGUCCUAUCGCAGAGAACUGGUGGCUUAAGAUAUGGUCGGGAUCAAGCACAGAAAAGGCCAAGGCUAAAGGACCGGUGUAUUACGUUGUCAUUUAUGCUGCAAUAAGCACGGCUCUAUAA